AUGCUGGUCGACCCAGACGAAUACGUGACCGAACAGACUGAGAACGAGAAGGAUGAUGUUGCCAUCAUUAAUCCAGACACGCUCGACAGCGAUAUCGAGAUGCCGGAUAAGCCUCGUGCGGAUGACUAUGAGGCCAUGAAAGAAAUUGUCCUGCCACCCCUGGCAGAACAACCCCCGAUAAUCGACGAGACUGUACAUACCUGGCACAUAGAAAACUGGCGGAGCUUACCACGGAGGGAGCAUGGCCCAAUUUUUGAAUCUGGAGGGUUUCCAUGGCGCGUGCUCAUGUUUCCUACCGGCAAUAAUGUUGAUCAUGUUUCUUUCUACCUUGAGCACGGCUAUCCAGAUGGGAAACCUCCGGAUGAUUUCGUCUGCUGCGUCCAAUUUGGACUUGUACUCUGGAACGCAAAUGACCCCACGCUGUAUGCGCACCACACUGCCCACCAUCGGUUUACAAAGGACGAGGGAGAUUGGGGCUUUACACGGUUCGUAGAAUUACGGCGCCUCUGGAGUAUCCCGUGGGAAGACAGUCGUCGCCCUUUGGUCGAGAAUGAAGAAGCCAGGAUGACAGCAUACGUCAGAGUGGUCAAGGAUGAGACCGGUGUCUUAUGGCACAAUUUCCACAAUUACGAUUCAAAGAAAGAGACUGGCUAUGUGGGACUCAAGAAUCAGGGAGCCACUUGCUAUUUGAACUCGCUCAUUCAAUCGUUAUAUUUCACGAAUGCUUUUCGAAAGGCUGUUUAUUCAAUCCCAACAGAAGAUGAAGAGACCCUUACAAAUAGCGCAUAUACCCUCCAACGCCUCUUCUACCAACUCCAAACAUCGAAUAACGCUGUAGGCACGAACGAACUCACCAAGUCCUUUGGAUGGGAGACAAGACACAUCUUCGAACAGCAGGAUGUGCAGGAGCUCUCCCGCAAACUAAUGGAGCGUAUGGAGGAGAAGAUGAAAGGAACCGACGCUGAAAAUGUGCUACCCGAAUUAUUUUCUGGGAAGGUCCGGACGUAUAUUUCGUGUAUAAACGUCGACUACGAAUCCCGCCGGGUUGAAGAUUUUUGGGACAUUCAACUGAACGUCAUCGGGAACAAAGACAUCAUUGAAAGUUUCAAGGAUUACAUUCAGGUUGAGACGAUGGAUGGCGAGAAUCAGUAUUUUGCUGGUGAUGAGUUUAAGUUGCAGGACGCAAAGAAAGGUGUCAUUUUCGAGAGUUUCCCGGAUGUGCUGAACCUACAGCUCAAGCGCUUCCAGUACGAUGUCGAACGGGAUGCUAUGAUGAAGAUUAACGAUAGAUAUGAAUUUCCGGAGACAUUUGACGCAUCGCCGUACUUAUCUGAAGAAGCAGACAAGUCGGAACCUUAUAUUUAUCAACUACAUAGUGUCCUAGUGCACAGCGGGGAUUUGAAUGCCGGUCAUUAUUACGCCUUCAUAAAGCCCAGUAAGGAUGGAUGGUUUUACAAGUACGAUGAUGACAAGGUCACCAAAGCAACUAUGCGGGAAGUCUUGGAGGAUAAUUACGGAGGGGAAUACCUACCUCCAAACGGACAUGUCCCAGCACUUCAGAAAGGCACACCUCUGAUGCGUCAAAAUAGCGCAUAUAUGUUGGUUUAUAUCCGCCAGAGUAGACUUGACAAGGUCCUCUGCCCCGUCACUAAAGAAGACACCCCUCCACAUCUGCAGAAGCGACUUGAGGAGGAAGCAGCUGAACGUGAGGCACGCCGAAAAGAGCGUGAGGAGUCUCACCUGUACCUUAACGUUCGGGUGAUUACUGAUGACACUUUCCGUGCAUACACUGGCACGGAUCUGACUAAUUGGGACUCAAAAUAUGAAGUCGAUCCAUCUGCAGCCAGAUCAUAUCGUUUACUUCGAAAGACUACGAUACAAGAGUUGAUCGAAAAGGUUGCGCAGGAUACCAACAGCGACCCCAAGCGAAUGCGAAUUUGGUGUAUGGUCAACCGUCAGAACAAGACAGUACGACCUGAUAUACCUGUCAUGGAGUUGCAAAUGACGAUCGAAGAAGCUUACCAGAAAUUGGCUGGGACAAAAUCACCAGAUUUACGCGUUUGGGCCGAGCUGAUUGAAGAUGUCAAUUUCGAAGGUGAUCCGAACUCGCCGACUCACACCUAUCUUCCAAAUGGGGUGAUUGCGAAGACGGAUCUUAUAGUACUCUUUUUGAAGUGGUUCGAUGUUGAGAAACAGAUGCUAACCGGCGCUGGACACGUCUACAUCAGCAGAGAGAAGAAGGUCGAAGAUCUUGUGCCAGUAAUCCUAAGGAAGAUGCACUGGUCAGAGAAAACACCCAGUGGAGAAAGGCUGCAAUUGAGGCUCUUUGAGGAAAUAAAACCCUCUAUGAUCGAACCUAUGAAGGCCAAACAAACCCUGAAAACGGCUGAACUUCAAGAUGGCGAUAUUGUGUGCUUCCAACGAGGCUCGGAAGGAAGAGGCUCGGAACCCAGAUCCACGGAAGCCGACCGGGAGUCAAUCUCACACCUCAUGCAUCACCAGUUAACGCUUACUGACGCCGACGACAGAAGUAUAUCAUCAAAGAUAUCACAUUCUCAGUUAGACCGCAUCGAGGAUGCGCGGGUGUUCUAUGAUUUCCUGCUCCAUAGACGGGUUGUCAAGUUUUACCCCCAUCCGAGAACGGCUACUCCAGAACAAGAGUCUUUCACGCUCGCUCUUAGCUCCAAGCAUACCUAUGACCAAUUUGCUACGAAAGUUGGAGAGAAGCUGAACAUCGAUCCUACCCAUCUCAGAUUCUGGACGGUGAAUGUUACAACCGGCAACCCGAAAGCUACAGUCAAGCGUGGACAGAGCCAGAACCUGCAGAACAUCCUUAAUCCUCCGUACAGCACUUUUAGCAACAACAACCAAAGAGCUGAUUCUCUUUACUUUGAGGUUUUGGACAUUAGUCUCUCAGAAUUGGACACAAAGAAAGUGAUGAAAGUUGUCUGGCUGAGCGAGGGGAUAACUAAAGAGGAGAUGCUUGAAGUCCUUGUUCCAAAGAAUGGAAAUGUCGACGAUCUCGUUGCCGCUAUAAUUAAGAAAGCUCAAGUUGAUGACGAGACAAAGGCCGGCCCUAUCCGGGUCUAUGAGGUCCACAACAACAAGAUCCACAAGGAGCUUCCUCGUGAGCAUCAUGUCCUCAGCAUCUCAGAUUACAAUCAAUUAGUCGCCGAAAGGAUCCCGGAAGAUGAUUUGGAGGUCGACCCUAGCAUGUUCAUUCAAGCAUUCCAGUUUCACAAUGAGCCCAACAAAACGCACGGAAUCCCUUUCAAGUUCCGUAUGAUUGAUGGGGAGAGAUUUUCGGACACGAAAAAGCGACUGGAAAAGCGAACAGGCAUAAAGGGCAAGAAUUUCGAGAAGAUCAAGUUUGCUGUGGUGAAGAGAAGCACAUAUACGAAACCAACAUAUCUUACUGAUGAUGAUGAACUUUGGAAUAUUGCGACUCAAGAUGACGAUUCCCUUGGUUUGGACCACGUUGAUAGGACGCGAGUCGUACGCAAUGGUGCUGGGGACUUGUUCUUGAAGUAG